UCAGUUUUCUGCAUACCUUUUGGACGCGGCCAAAUUUUUGUUUUUAUUUUACCUCCUAGGUAUUCAAUCAGCUUACUCACCAGAGCACCAUGUUUCGACGGACCACCGACUACGAUAGACCCCACCCCAGAGUGGGUUUGGGCAGCUUGAUCGCUGUCGGCUUGACGGCGGGACUGUAGGUGUUGCCGUGUAAACGAUAUAUCUAUCGUAGAUAGGGUCGGGUGUUACCAGAUUGGUUGACAGAGUGCUGUAAGACCAUGACCGCCGGCGAAAAGGUAGAACAAGCCUUGGCAAGACGCCCUAACUCGCAUGUACCUGGCUUAACGCUUGCACGACUAUUGAGUAGACCAGACACCGAGAAGGAGAAGCUGAACCUGACCAUGCAUCACGGCCAGGGCGCUUUGCUUGGUCUAGUACGCGCAACGAUGGGCGUCUACGGUACGAGAGGUCCUUUCGUCGACUUCAUCUUCACAGGAAUGAGGCUGUCGGUUGACCAGACCUUGGAGAAUUGGGUUGGGUCGGGUGCCCUCCCAUGGACAUGGCCAGUCGAUGAGCAAGUGAUCGAUAUUGUACACAAGGGAGUCUUUGCGUUUGCAACGGAAUAUAUCUGCGAAUUCUGGUUCCAGUAUGUAGCGGCAUGUAGCAGUCGCUAGCGAUUCGGCUGUAUCACACUCUCUUAGCGCUUCGUUCGUGCAAAUCAUAUGCAAGUCCAAGUCA